AUGGCAGGCAAGGGCCCAAAGAUUCCCGGUCACCAUCACCAACAUCACCACCACCACCCUGGGGAUGGCCCAGGCGCCAACAACGUCGGCGACCAGCUGUACAAUCGCAGUCAACUGGAGCCGACCAAAGGCUGGGACGUGUUCAUUGUCACGCCGCCAGACGACGAAGACGAGACGCUCAGCUCAAAGUGGGUGGAAAAGUUCCUCCGUUUGCUCAAGCUGCUCACCAUUCUGCUCACCUUCAUCAUCGUCGUCUCCUGUGCGGUGCUCUCCAAGGGCAUCGUCCUCUUCAUGACCUCCAUGAUUCGCAGCAACCGAACAGUGUCCGUCUGUGCGCAGUCCAUUCCCGGCCUGGAGCGGGACAAGAAGUACCUGGCCGUUUUUGCAGCCGACGACCCUGAACGGGUCGCCUGGAUCUGGAGUCUCUUCUUCAUUCUCAUCGUGCCCGAGCUGAUGACGCUCUUUCGCAGUGCUCGAAUCUGCGUUUUCAAGAGCUACCACUUGCCCUCCAAGCAAACUUUCCUUACGAUUCUCAUAAUGGAAUCCCUACACACCGUCGGCCUUUCACUGCUCAUCUUCCUCGUGCUGCCUUCACUGGACGUCGUCAAGGGCGCCCAGCUAACCAACUGCCUCUGCUUCAUUCCCGCCCUGCUCGCCAUCUUCAGUCGUCACUCUGACGAACAGGGCCGCAUCUGGAAGACCUUCCUCGACGUCGUCUGCAUGAUUGUCGUCACCUGGUGCUGCUACGUCGUCGCCAAGUUCACCUGCAAGAUUGUCAUUCAAAAGUACUCCUUUGCGCCGACGAUCAUCAUUGCGGUUCCGGCGACUAUCGGUGUCCUGCUCUACUUCUGCGGCACUCACCUCGAGAACAGCUGCCGUCUGUCCGACUACUUCCUUCCGAAGUACCUCUUUUGGCAGUGCUCCGAGGAGCCCUUCAUUCGCGAUGGCGCUGUCGCCGACUGGCACAUGUGGCUCGUCUGGCUGCUGUGGCUGCUCUCGCAGGGCUGGAUCACCGUCCACAACUGGUCGCCCAAGUGUGAACGCCUGGCCACCACGGAGAAGCUCUUCGUCAGUCCAAUGUACAGCUCGGUGAUCAUCGACCAGUCGCUGGCGCUGAACCGCCGACGGGACGACGAGGAGGAGAUCAAGAGCGAAGAGAUCAACCUCGACUCGGAGGGCACCACCAUGGCCGAUCCGUCGCAGCACUACGAGACCAUCUCCGAGCAGGAUGAAAAGUCAAAGAAGGUGAAGGAAACCUUCAGCGCCGACCAGAUCAUUCGCAUCUACGCCGUGGCGACCAUGUGGCACGAGACCACCGAGGAGAUGAUACAGAUGCUCAAGUCGGUGAUCCGCAUGGAUGAGGACCAGUCGGCAAGGCGGAACGCCCAAAAGUACCUUGCUUUCGUCGACCCGGACUACUACGAAUUUGAGGUGCACAUCUUCUUCGAUGACGCCUUUGAGUUGUGCGACGAAAACGACGAGGACAUGAUCGUGAACCGCUUCGUGAAACAGUUUGUCGAGGUGAUAGACACUGCCGCCCAAUACGUCCACCAGCUGCCUGAUUUGAAGCUGAAACUGCCCAAGAAGUACCCGACCCCGUAUGGAGGCCGUCUGGAGUACCUGAUGCCGGGCGGAAAUAAGCUGAUAGCUCACCUGAAGGACAAAAUGAAGAUUCGCCACCGAAAGCGCUGGAGCCAGGUGAUGUACAUGUAUUACCUGCUGGGGCAUAAAAUCAUGGAGCUGCCCAUUGACGUCAACCGAAAGGCGAUGAUCGCCGAGAACACCUACCUGCUGACGCUGGACGGAGACAUCAACUUCCGGCCGCACGCCGUUCAGCUGCUGGUCGAUCUGA